AACGAUAGCCAGGCCACCGCACCCGCAGUUUCGUGCACCGCACUUCUCCACCCACCACCUACCUCCCUCCCCCCCUCCCGUGUUCCCCUCCCCCCUCAAAACCUAUCGCCGCGGACCAUCCACCCACCGACGAUCGAUUCACGGGACUCGGAGUCGGCGUCGGCGGCGGCGGUGGCAGAGGGAGUCCGCCAGAUCCGGCCGCGGCGGCGAUGAUGAAGCAGUUGCUGCCGCAGAGCCAGCUGCGGCGCUCGGCGGCGGCGUCGGCGGCGCGCUCCUCGGUCAGCGGGGCCGAGGGCGCGGGGGGCCCCGACGGCGUCGGCGCGGGCGCGGGCGCGGGCGGGCGGACCGCCUCCUCCUCCACCUUCUGGUUCCUGCUGCACGCGCUCUGCUGCCUCAUCUCGCUCUUCCUCGGCUUCCGCUUCUCCAGGCUCCUCUUCUUCCUGCUCUUCUCCAGCAGCGCGCUCUACGCCGCCACCUCCAACAACAAGUCGGCCGUGCUCCGCGCCAUCACCACCACCACCACCACCACGACCACCACCACCACCACCACCAACACCUUCACCCUCUCCUUCGCCGCCGCGGGCAACCCGCCGCCGUCCAACCCGGACAACCUCACCGCCGCCGCGCUGGAGGAGGCCGCCGGGAGCACGCAGAGCCACGUCGUGGUCGGCCGCCACGGGAUUCGGAUCCGCCCCUGGCCGCACCCCGACCCCGUCGAGGUCAUGCGGGCGCACCGGAUCAUGGAGCGCGUGCAGGAGGAGCAGCGCCGCUGGUACGGCGUCAGGGAGCCGCGCCAGGUGCUCGUCGUCACCCCGACCUACUCGCGCGCCUUCCAGGCGCUCCACCUCACCGGCCUCCUCCACUCGCUCCGCAACGUGCCCUACCCGCUCACCUGGAUCGUCGUCGAGGCCGGCGGCGUCACCAACGCCACCGCGGCCAUGCUUGCGCGCUCCAGUCUCACCUUCGUCCACGUCCCCUUCCCGGAAAAAAUGCCCCUCGAAUGGGCCGACCGCCAUGCCACUGAGAACCGCAUGCGUCUCCACGCCCUACGGGUGAUCCGGGAGAGGAAGAUGGACGGUGUGGUUGUGUUUGCAGAUGACAGCAACGUGCAUAGCAUGGAGCUGUUCGAUGAGGUGCAGAAGGUCCAGUGGAUGGCCGCCGUGUCUGUGGGUAUCCUUGCACACACCGGAACAGCAGAGCAGCCACGCCUUACCGAAGAGGACAAGAAGAACAUGCCACUUCCAGUCCAGGGUCCUGCCUGCAACUCUUCCGGGCAUUUGGCUGGAUGGCACACAUUCAACACAUUGCCGUUCUCUGGGAAGACCGCCACGGUGGUUGGCGAGGCAGCGCCGGUGCUACCGAAGGGUUUGGAGUGGGCUGGGUUUGUGAUGAACUCGAGAAUGCUGUGGAAGGAGGCAGAGGGCAAGCCUGAUUGGGUGAAGGACCUUGAUGCUGUGGGGGAGAAUGGGGAAGAGAUUGAAAAUCCUCUUACUCUCCUGAAUGAUGCGUCCUAUGUUGAGCCGUUGGGAAACUGUGGGAAGAAGGUCCUACUGUGGUGGCUCCGUGUUGAAGCCCGGGCCGACAGCAAGUUUCCACAAGGGUGGGUGAUUGAGCCACCUUUGGAAGUAGUUGUUCCCGCCAAGCGCACACCAUGGCCAGAAACCACCAUGGAUGUCUCAUCGGAGAUGUUAGACGCCAAGCAAGAGCAGGAGGACAGGCAGCUGCCAAGGACCAACAACAGGUCAGCUCGGCCCCGAAGCACCACCACGAAACGGAAGGGCGACGUCCACAACUGAGGCAGGAUAAACAGACCAUGUAAUGUACAUCUCACACCACCUUACACCCGCACCCGUGGUAUCUGCAAUAGGAGGCAUGUCCAGUCGAUCUAGUGGGUAUUGUGUUUAUUUUUUUCGUUUCCUGAUGUUUUGCUCUGGUGGUAACGACGACGGCCUCGUGCUGGGGAUAUGUCUUCCGUAGAAGACCGUGUCGUUAUCUGUAGCUCUACCUGUUAUGCUGUAAUAUAACACCGCAGUUGAUGUCUCGAGAAAAUGGUGUCUGAAUUCUGGAUGACCUAUACGCAUGUCAACUCUGAAGUAUUGUGUGAUCAGUGUUUUCAGGCAUAGUUUCCCUUCCUUUGGGGGUUGUACUGAAAUCGUGAUGUUCGUUUGUUUAUCCUUAUCAAAUGUAAGUAUUUAAAUUUUA